AUGUCAGAUGUUGGUGGAAAUUUGAUUUCAUCUCAAGGGAAUGAGUUUGAAAAUAAUGUUGGUGGAUUUGUUGAUUCUGAUCCUUGUAGUCAGGGAUUGACAGAUGUGUUAUUGAAGAGUUUACGGAGUCCCGACGUCGAUGUAGCUAGAGUCAGUGUGUGCAGUAAAGAUCCGAAGAAAUUGGUAGGCGGGGAAGAGCUAGGAGUUGGAUUUGUUGAAGUAUUUAUCAUAGUACCAAUCAAGCGUGACGAGCCUUUAAUACGACCAUAUGGAAGUUAUCAGUUCAUUGGGGAUGUGGUAGCACAAAGUAUUGCAUGGCCAUCUAGUUUUGUUGAACCAGUUUGA